AUGGUAACAGCUGUAGAACUGAACUCCUCCAUCAACGCCGCCUCUACUCGAGAAGAUCUUUCCCGGCUACGGUCAACGGCACGUCGUCUUCGGACCAACAAUUGUAAAAAGCGCACCGAAGUUCAGGAGCGUUUGGCUGACAACGACAUUGAUGACAACAAGUUGGCGCUAUUGGAGACUGAGGAAGCUACGUUAGAAGCAGAGAUCAUCGCACUCUCUGGCGCCGCUGACAAUGCUUCCAGCAAGAUCAAUGCGUUAAUGCGAGAGACCUGCAUGGUGAACUCGGCCACUCUAUCAGCGGACGACUCCAACAACAACGCCACCGCAACGCCAACCUCUACUGAGUCAGUUUCUGGCCUAGUCAGAGCCCUAUCUUCGGCACUCAGUCGUCGGCCUUACGACUCAAGAACCAAACGAGCCGAUAUUAAUCGUCUCCCUAUGCAGGGUCGAAGUCUUAUCGAUCCCUACCAGCUUCCAGCCCACUUCAGACGAUUGGAGAAAUGGUUUGCCAGCAACGAGUUUGGUACUUUUGACGACUCGACUAAGGCCUUCGUUGCCGAUAAGGAGGUGGAAGCUCAGUUGGUUGAGAAGGCUAUAGAGAGUCUCUCCUCUCAUCGUAAUGUCGCCUCUGAGGCGAACACUUUGGUUGAUACCUAUGGUGCUACUUGGAACCAUCUCAAGAACACGCUCAUCGACAAGUUUGCAAAGCCCGAAGACAUCCGUCGUGAGCUCAACCGUAAGAUAUCCCAGCUCACAUACAAGGGCCACUCUAAUGUCGAUGGGUUCAUUUCUGAGUUGCGUCAGAUCCACACAUUGGCGUCUACCGUCAACUCCUCGCCUGAGGACAGUGUUUACUUCAUCGACGACAUUCUUCGAGAUUUGAUCAAGGCUUGGUGUCUCGUAUGCGUUGGCCUCGACUCCGUUACCCUCUCUGGCCGUUUGGUAUAUGAGGCUACUCCUGUAUCGACACAACUACCGGCUGCGCCCUCCCUCGCUACCAUCUAUCUGGUGGACGACACUGACCCGAAGUCAUUGGUAUCACUACCCCCGGUGGUAGCUCCCCCUGAUCCUCCUACUCAACUAUGUAAUCAAGACAAAAAGCUCGCUCUCGAUAUUCUCCAAGCACUGGUUGCCAAAGGAUGGCGUGAUCUUCCUCUGUCGAGGGGUUAUCGCUGUCGUAUCCGAGAACUGUGCCCGGUCGAGCACCUAGACUCUCCACAUCAAACACAUGUUGGUGAACUGUUUUUACCCGCGUCAACUCUAUCGACAAGGCCAUCACCCAGGAACUUCGCCACUCCUCUCUUCAAGCGACUGUCUCCUGACCUCAAGGUCGCCUAUAACUCGAUGAUAGAAGAUUACGUCACCAAGAAGUGGUGGGUAUCGGCCCCAGCGACUACGACUGUCAGCCCCACCCCAGCUGCUAAUGUUUUCCUGAUCAAUGGUUCCAAGCGACCAAGGCUCGUUUGUGAUUUGCGAGCUUGCAAUGCUGCUCUACCUCGCGCUAGCUCGCGCAAUCCAGACUUGUGGAAAGUACUGUCUAUCAUCCGCUUGACUGGUCCAUCAAUAAUCGUUGGCGCCGACAUAUCUUCGGCGUUCUACGCCAUCAGAAUCAGUGCGGAGUCUGGCACUACCCACUUCGUGCUGCACACAGCGCUUGGCACCUUUUGGUCUACAAGAUCAUUGUUUGGAACAAGUAUAGGUCCCAGCUCUCUGAGUGGCACACUAGGAUCGAGUGUCGAGGCUGUCAAGAACUGCUCAUCUGUUUUGCAGUCACCGUCAGUGGUUUCGGUGGUCUCGAAUCAUAGCGAUCAUGGAGAUACGCACACUCGUUACCCUGUCGACCUCACCUCCAACCUCCAGUAUUUUGCUGAUGAUAUCGUCUGCUCCGGCUUCAUCUGCACAAUUAUCCUCCACCUCAUGGCUAUCUUAUUACAGGUCUUGGUCUUUCUGGCGUUUAACUGCCAGCCCAAGAAGUGUGCCAUUUUGACGACUGAGGACAAUCGUCAGGAGGCCGAGAAGACAUGUAAGCAGUUUGGCCUACUCUUCCCUAUAGCUGAAGUUAUUGGAGUGCUGGGCGUGGUCUUCUCCUAUACAGCAAUCUGUGGUGGUCUUCCAGCACGACUAUGUAUGAGCUGUGAUGCGGCUUCUCGCAUGGCGAAAGCUAUGGACUUCCUGAAGAAAGAUCCGGUGUUGGCUCAGCGACCUAGUAAGAUCGAUAUUUUCGCGGUCGGUGGUAAGCUUAGCUUCGACCAGGGACGGGUCCAUGGAGAACGAAGGCUCAUCAGUGAUCUCUUGAAGGUCAUUAUUGCUAGGAAUUUCCCUAGCUCUCCUUGGCACCAGCACUGUGACUUGACGACUAUGCCUUCGACCGAGCAACAGGCCUACGAAGCGGUGGUGCUGUGGGCAAGAGAGGUCUGUGAAUCGUCUUCGUCAUGUCGUCAUCUAUCCCCUCUUCGUUCUAAGGGGCAAUCUGAGGUCACCAUUAUCGUUGAGACCGAUGCUUCGCUCUAUGGCGGCGCUACGGUGGUAAGGAUAGACGACGACAUUAUCCUUCAAGAUGUGUAUCGUUUCUCGGCUCGGCAAAUCUCCUAUUCAUCGAAUAGGAGAGAGCUACUGAUGUGCUUACAAGGCAUUCGUAGAGCGGCUGAGUUGAUAUCCUACCAUCGUACCACUCUCACAGCCCUCACGAAAUGCUCACACCUCAUCUUUAAUGUCGACUUCCGUACCGACAACAAGUCUAGUUGUAGCUGGCUGUCCAAUGAUGAGGCUGUACUGAAGCUACAGAGCUCGAAGAUUCUUGAGCGACGCGCCAUCAUACGACUCAUUGACUCUAUCUCAGAGGAGCUUAAGGUCAUCAGGCAGUAUGGUCGGUUGUCGCUAUCACACUUGGCGGGUGCUACUAACCACUAUGCUGACUCAGCCAGCCGGUUGUUGGACCGGCCUGUCAAGACGGGCACGACAACCACUAGAUUGGGUGAGCUUUUGGCUGCCUAUAAGAAGUCUGAUAACCUCAAGCCAUCACAGUUGAUGGGGUCCGACAAAGGCGAGUGUGCCGGAGAGCAUUGCUGCUGGGCGGGGUCUAUCUCUCACGAUGAAAUACGGCUCAUGGUCAACGCCGCGUCUGCACCAGCUAUGUCCCUUCGAGAGGAUCUCCCAAGCAUCUCCCACGAAGACCUGGAAGAGCAAGAGAGGGACUUAGAAGGUGACUUUGACUCCUGCUGCUGUCUGAUAGAAGAUGAUGACCCUACCGGAGGUAUAGCAGCUUAUGAUCGUCAACCAUUCUCUAUGAUAGCGUCUAUAACCUCCGGCUCAGAUGACUUUUGUGAGGAUGUUUGUCGUGCCGUUGAUUGCGUCCUUGCAAUCCGUGAUGAUCUCGGUCAGAACCCCCCAGCGCCUCACCCAACGGCAGAGCCAUUGAUCGAAGCAAUUGCCCGUGAUUCAUGGGAUGUCGACUCCGUACUAGACCGAGUCCAUAUACUGCGAUUGGUUCUCUCUGUCCUGCGGUCUAAUGCUCAAGCUCCUAAUGCCACUGUCCUGGAGUGUGAAUGGAACCAAGCUUGGAAUCAAGAGGAUGUCUUAUGCGCUGCUCACUCAGCACAGUUCAACUUGGUUAACGUUCACUCUUAA